AAAAACUACCUGUUGUUGUUCAAGUGUUUUGAGAAGAGUUCAAUGUAUUUGAAAGCAAGAUGUCAAAAAGAGAUGCAGACGGAACACGACAGUUUCGAGAAACUACAUUUGAAGUCGCAAUUAUCGCUUGGAUGGAGCUCCUAUAACGUUUUUUCAACGAAACACGCAACAUGUUUGCGUGUGUUGUCAAAGAAGAAAGCAAGAACGUGAGCGCGCAGGAAAGUAAAUUCGAUCAGGAAUCACACGGUUCAAAAAACCUUCAAAAUGAUGGACUGCCGACGACUGUUCGCUGCAAUCAAACAGACGCGACAAACUCGUAUGAAGAGCAUCAGGAGUCGAGAGAACAUAAUGAAAGGAAGGUUUCCAACAAUUGCGACUCACUUCACAAUCAUAAAGUUGAAUUGAGAAUGGACGAAAUUACAAGCAAGUUUAAGAACGCUUUCGAAAGAAUGGCCGAACUUGAAUCGCUGCAGUUGUCCAUGGAGGAAGACUCUAAAGAAAACGUCAAAGACCAAUGGUCCUAUGAAUGCUAUGAACAUGCAAGAAAUGAUACUUUCCCAACAAACCAAGAUGAUGGGAGAUCGGUACAAACUUCAAACGACAAUCCAUUAAUUCGUACGAAACAGGAGAGAUUAUCACCCUCCGAUCCAAACAAAGACUCGGUGAAAGUUAAAAAAAGUUUGAUAGAAAAUGAAUAUAAUUUGAGCAGACGCGUCGCUGAGGAUGGACAUGAUGUGACUGAUGACGUUGGAGGUCUUUCCACUGAAUGGUCUUACGAAGAGCAGUUUAAGAAGCUUUACGACUUGGGGGAUGAGUUUGAAAGAAAAGACUUCCUUGAUAAGUUGUUCGCAUUCAUGCAACAAAGAGGUACGCCUGUAAACAGAGUUCCUAUUAUGGCAAAACAAACACUGGAUCUUUACAAACUUUUUAAACUGGUUACAGAUCGUGGUGGCCUAGUGGAGGUCAUCAAUAAGAAAAUCUGGCGAGGAAUCAUUAAAGGUUUAAAUCUUCCGUCAUCAGUCACGAGCGCUGCAUUCACUUUACGAACUCAAUAUAUGAAAUAUCUCUACCCGUACGAGUGUUCAACACUGAAGCUCUCUUCUCCCACAGAACUGCAGUGUGCCAUUGACGGAAACAGAAGAGAUACAAAUAGACGGCCAUCAAUGGGACACUACACUACAAUGGUUGACUCUGAAGUUGACUUUUACUCAAAUCCUACAAGUCCAAAGUCCAAUUGUUCAUCCCCUGUUUUGCAACGACCUACCUCACCUAACUUUACUCAAAAAGCAAUGGCUUUAAGAUUACAAAAAGAAAGCGAAUUGGAAACGCCAUCUUUCCAUGGAAACAAUGGUAUUGGUUAUAAUCCUAACUUAAAACGAAUGAUAACGUUGGGUUCUGAAGCUCGUCCUCACUUCAAAUGUGAUUAUCGAGCACAGCCAACUACCUAUACAAAUGGUCGCAUUCCAACUUUCGAGCCACCGUACAAGAGAUUGGCCAGAGUGCCAGAUUAUAAAAAACAAAUCACAUUCAGUCCUUGGGCGAACAUUAAAAUAAUGACAAAUACAGAUAUAGUUGGAAAUUCAGUUGUCCAUGAUAGCCAUGAAAGGAGGAACGAGAUAAAAGAAACCGUUUCUCAUUCACAGAGCAAAUCACCACCAAAAAGAAGAAGCGCGUAUGAAGAAAAUAGUGCACAUUCUUUAUGUGUAUCAAUUGAACUAAAUGGUAUCAAAUACCAAGGGACUUUAUAUGCGCAGCUGAGGUGAAACAUUUUAUUUAUAUAAACAGUAAAAUUAGUUUUAGCUUCUUGUAUGUUUGAGGACAAAUAUCAUAAAUAUUUAAUCGACAUAAUUGGCAUUUGGAGUAAUUUUCAACAACAAGCGAAUAUAUUGUUGAAACUUUGUUAUUCGUCUGGGUGUUUGUUUGUGUCUGAAUAAAACUGUGUUCAUAAAGUUGAUUUCUCAAGUAGAGUUGACAUAUUUAAACAGAAAACAAUACAUAAUCAUCGAGAA